AUGAGUCGAUCAGAUACCGUAACUGAUCUUUCUUAUCCAAAACCAAAAAGGACCGUUCAUGGUCGUGAUUCAAAGAGCCAUCGUCUGACGAACCUGAGUGUUGAACCUUCGAUUGAAGUCGUGAAUCCUGAUUCUUCCUUGGAGCCUUCUCCGACAGUUACCCUUCACGACUAUCUAGUUACUUCCGAUCACGAAUUAAAUCAUGCCGAAGAGGCUCUUCCUAUACCGGAUGUUAAUGUGUCAAAUGUUGAGUCUCCAAUCGUAACAGUGGACCCUCUUCCUCUUGGUUCUAGUGCUCCCGGUAGCUUGAACACCACUCCCUUGGAAGUUCUUGAUACCUCUUCCAUGUUUGGAGAUGAUCCCCAUCCUAAUCCUUCAGAAGCUCCACUGCCAAAUCUUGUUACUUUUGCUGCUUUGUUGCCUCAAUUUCAACGAGAGUUUGCCACGACCACUAUCCCUAAGAGUCUUGAGCUUGCCGAUGCGUCUAAUGAAGAAAACCUUGAUAGGGAUCGUUCAUGUUUGAUGGAGGGAAUCCAUCUAUUGAACAAAAUGUCUUUCCACACUCGCAAUCAUGCCAUCCUUCUCGCUGCCAAGCAGCUAAAAUUUGAGGAAGCUUUCAAGGCUUUGAAGGGUAUGCGCGCCAAUCAUGAAUGCCUAGAAGAGGAGGCGAGGAAUCUUUGGGAGGACAUAUCAGGGUUGUUGGAGAGGAAUACGCGCUUGGUAGAUGACUUGAUUGAGGGUCUCUAUUGUCAGGAUGAACUGAAGAAGUUGAAUCAAGAUCGGUUGAUUAAAACCGACGUUGUUGGCCGACGCUUGGAGCUGAGCAAGGAAUUUGAGGAGAAGUCUCAACAAUUUGAAUCUAUGAAGCUUCGUGUUACUGAAAAAGUGUCUCAGUUGGAGAUUGCUUUCUCAGACAAGGAUGCACACAUUAAAUUUCUUGUGGAGGAACUUGCUAUUCAUAAGGCCACCAUAUCUGAGAAGGAAACUCAAAUUGCGUCCUUGGGCGAACUUCAUACCUCGACGAAGUAA